AAAGAUCACAUAUCAAUUUCUUUGUAACAUAUAUGACACAUAAUAUUGCAAUGUAACUUGAUUUUUAUAUGAUUCAAUUCAGUGUUACCAUCUCAAUCUAAAGCUCACAUAUUUUUAAAGAUUUGACCAUUAGUUUACUCAUUUCAAUCCAUGGAAACUGCCAACCUGAUCCUAGAUUGUCUCUUUUAUUUGUCAACGCCAACUUGCACCACUUUAUUAAACACCAUCAACUUCUUCUAUGUCGCUUCCAUUUAUAAAAGACAUCAUUUACGGCAACAAUAUAUACAACAGGAGAAAGAAAAAGAAGAACCACAACAAUCCAAAAAAAAAUUGAAAAUGGUUCGGCUUUCGGCUUUUCUCAAGGUUUUCACCACCGUAACUCUUGUGUUUCUGUUCUUCCAAACUGGAUCAGGUAGAGAACUGACCAUGAAAUCUUCAAAUGCUGUUGAUCAUUAUGCUACAACAACUACUUCUAAUAUGUUUCAGAAAUCUAGGGAUAUGGUGGAGUUGGACUAUGAAGAUGCAGGCCCAAACACCAACAAAAGAUCUGGACUUCCUCAGCCUCUCCCUUCUCCAGACCCUCCAGUACCAACUAGAGGCUAAAUUUCAACUCAAAGUUCAUUAAUCUAAUGAAAAAUUAAGAAAUUUUAAGGAGUCAUUUUAAAUUAAGUUGUUUGUUUUUGUCUAUCAUUAACAAAGGGAGUAGUGUGAUCGUAUACAUAUUUGAGCUAUAUUAAGUGUUCAAUAAAGUGACAUAUAUUUGUUUCAAA